AAUAUAAAAGAGAUUUCACAAAUCUUUUCCUCCUUUCGUUUUCUGGGGUUGGAAGGGGGAAGAACAGAGUCACACCUGUGUUACUCAUUUUUCAUCCUUCACAAAAAAAACCCCACUUCAUUGCAUAUAUCGCCUACAAGAUUCUUCAAAGAUAUUAUCAAAAUCUCUUCUUCUCCAAAGCAUUAAUUUUUUAAAUCCCCUUUCUUGUUCUAUUUAUUCCCUUCUAGAAAAUCGAAUCUUUAGUCAUUACCCCCACUUGUCAAGAAUGGGUAAAAAUCGAUUCUUUUCCUUAUUUGACACUCCCCAAAUUGUGUGCUGACAUGAAAUCUUAGGAUUUGCUUAUGUUCUGAUUUUUUUUAUUAUUAAAAAGUAAAAACAAAAAAGGGUUCUUUUUUUUUUGGUGGGGAGAUUUAGAGUGAUGGAUAGAAAGGAAAUGCAAGUGUUGGAGUGUAAAAGAGAUGGGAAUUUGUGUAAUUCUCAGUUGGGGUUUCAAUGGAGUCUCCAAGAUUCAAACUUUGUUCCUGUUGGUGGUUUAUUUGCAUCAGUUGGUCAGAUGGGAAGUAUGGGUUUUGGUGUUUCAUCACCUAAUAAUUCGAAUUCCCGGGACGAAAAUGGUGGAUUUAAGUUACCUUAUUUUGAUUUGUAUAUGAAGUAUUUGUCAUUCCCUGAGAUUGUAGGCCAUGGAGAGGAGGAAGAGGGGGUUUUGAAGAAGAAGAAGAAGAAGAAAGGUGGGCUUAAGAUUAAGUUUAAGGUGGCAAAUCCUUCAUUAAGGAGGUUAAUUAGUGGUGCAAUUGCCGGGGCGAUAUCUAGGACAGCUGUAGCUCCAUUGGAGACAAUAAGGACACAUUUGAUGGUUGGAAGUAGUGGGCAUUCUUCUACUGAGGUGUUCAAUAAUAUUAUGAAUACUGAAGGAUGGACUGGAUUGUUUAGGGGUAACUUGGUUAAUGUGAUCCGAGUUGCGCCUAGCAAAGCUGUAGAGCUUUUUGCAUAUGAUACUGUUAACAAGAACUUGUCACCUAAACUCGGAGAGCAACCCAAAAUUCCAAUUCCUGCUUCAUUAGUUGCAGGAGCCUGUGCCGGAGUCAGCUCUACUUUACUGACAUAUCCUCUCGAGCUAGUCAAGACUCGAUUGACGAUUCAGAGAGAAGUUUACGAUGGUUUAUUUGAUGCAUUCGUAAAAAUAUUGAAAGAGGGUGGGCCUGGUGAGCUCUAUAGAGGUCUC